UUCAUUAAUCUUAAAUAACUAAUUCGACUGCAAUAAGCUUGUGAAUAAUUUAAUGUUAGAUUAGAUCUUUGAAAAUCGUUUGUACCAAAGUUUAUUAGUUUUGUUAAAAGUUUUAAGAGUUUAAUUUUUUAACAUAAUAUUUUAUUUAAUAUGGAAACUUAUAGGUGUGCUUACAGAGAUCCACAUUCACCAUUGACACCAUUAACCCCAAUAUCUGAUAUAACGCUGAGGAAAACCUUUCGUGAUCACUCGCUCAGUUUAAUACCAAUUACAAAAAUAACUCUUAAUCAAUGUCCCACUCCAAAACGUAAACGAUCUGCUGUAGCCCUAACCAAGAACAAAUCAUCACCAAAUAAUCCACCAUGUGCUGUCAAAAUUGAAUUGACUGCCACAAAAACACCCGAAGAAGAUAAAGCCGCAAAAAAGUCCAGUUAUUUAUUAAAUUUAAGAAAAAUUCUCACACCAAACUCUAGGCCAACACCGAAAUCCAUUGAUCUAUCACCCAGAUUUGGUAAUCAAAAAUCCUCACCAACAUCAUCAAGCAAACGAUCGAGGUUCACGUGUUUUAAGAAUUCUCCAUCAAAUGAAAGACCAAACAGUCCGAGGGUCUUGAAAAUUUUACAAGAUAUAGGCCAAGAGAAGUACAGUGAUAUUUUUAGAAAAGAAGAAAUCGACUUGGAUGUCUUUCGGCUUCUAACAAAAGGUGAUCUAGUUAAGUUGGGUGUUGACCAAGAAAACGAUAUUCAAGUGAUACUGAAGGCGGCUCAGCUGGAUUAGCAAUAUUGUUUUACUUUUUUUUAAUGCAUAAUGAUUUUUAAAAGUUGAUUAUUUUAUUAAGUUUGAUGUUUUUGAUUUAUUUUUUAAUGUUUUAAGAUUGUGAAUUUUGUGUUUAGUUUUAGGUUAAGAAGGUUGUGUUAUCUGUGUUAUCUGUAAUAAAGACUUCUUCAGCCGA